AUGGCCACCACCACCGCCAGCCUGGACCCCUCCCUGGCGCCUGACGGCCGCCACAUCGUCCACGCCUUCACGCCAGACUGGGUGGACGCGUGGCAGGGCCUGUCCCCCUCUGACUACGAGGCUGAGAAGGAGCGCGUGGCGGACGAGAUUUGCGCGCGGCUGGAGUCCGUAUUCCCGGGGCUGAGGGGCGCUAUCGAGUUCAGGGAGCCCAUGUCGAGCAGCGGCGUGGCCCCCCUCUCCCACCUGGUGGGCACCCCCCGCACCCACCGGCGCUACCUCAAUCGCGCCGACGGCACCUACGGCCCCAUCCCCUCGCGCCGCCCCCUGGGCAUGCUGUCGAUGCCCUUCAACACUACCGACAUCGACGGCCUCUACUGCGUCGGAGACAGCACCUUCCCGGGCCAGGGCGUGAACGCGGUGGUGUUCAGCGGCUUUGGCUGCGCCCACCGCGUCGCGGUUGACCUGGGGAUGGAGAAGGGCUGGCCCGUCGUGGACGCCGCGUACAAGGGGCUCCUGAGCCUCGUGCGCGACAGGUCGUGA